AUGGAUGAACUCAAGCAUGAAUUAUUCAAUUCUCCCUCAGAAUCAGUUAUAAAUGCACCAUCUAUACCUCAAAUCACUUCAGCUAAAGCAGAUGAUAAUGAUCUCACAGAUCUUAAGGAGGAAGAUUUCUGUGGUGUAAGUACCUCAAAGAUAAAUACCGGACGUGUACACGUUUUCGUCGACAACUCCAAUCUAUACGUUGAGGGGAAAUAUUCUGUUGGCCAACUUGAAAGGAUUUAUGACUGGGUUAAAAUAAUUAACGAAGAUACUAAAGUUGAAGAAUAUCGUCAAGUUUACUAUAUGAAACAUCUUCGGAUAGAUUACGGAUGCCUUCUUACAACUAUUCUGAGUGGACGUAGUAUGGGUAGUAGUCCAGUUAUCGUGGGUUCUCGCCCACCAUCAGAUGAUACGCUGUGGAACAAAGUCAAAAAACUUGGAUAUGAAGCGACCGUAUACGAUCGGAAUAAUGAAAACAAAGAGAAGAGAGUUGACAUGAAGCUUGGAAUCUCUAUGGUGGUCCAAGCUCUCCUUAAGGCCAAAGGUCCUGGCGUAUUGGUGCUGAUAGCCGGUGACGGGGACUAUGAACCCGCAUUAGAGGAAAUAUUAAAAGUGGGAUGGAAAGUCGAGAUACGAUUCUGGGCUUCUGCAAUUUCUCGUUACCUUAAAACUCCAGAUAUUACUCGUGAAAAUAAAGAAUUGAAAAUAUUAUACAAACCUUUGGAUGAAGAAUACCAGAAUUUUACAUUCUGCGUCGGACCUGAUCUCACCAGGAAUAAGAGUGUUUUUCGAAUUGAACGUAAAGAUAAGAAUCACAAUUGGAGUAGUGAAGAAAUUAUGAAAUGUUAUACAGAAUUGCAAUUGUUCUGUUGGUGGUACGAAACAGAUGAUGGGGCACUGGAGCUAUAUUUCAAAAGUAAGGCGCAGGUGGAGAGGGCAGAUCGUUGGAUGAUGAAAAACUUUCCGAAUGUUAAGGCCUGGAAAAUUCAAGACCACAGAGUAAUGAGUGGGCAGGGUAUGAAGAACCAAGAGAGCACAAUGGAAGCUCCAUUUGAUGUAGAAAAGAUCACUGCCGACGAUAUCAACAUGGAGGGUAUGGAGGAUAUGGAGGGUGUUGAGGAUAGCAUAAACACUUCAUUGGUUAUACCCACUACCUCUACUCAAAGCAAUAAUGUUACCUCUAGUAGAAAAAAAGUGAGAACUAAAAAGAGAUUGAAAGAUGCGUCGCCUAUGCUGAAAAAACUUAUUGAGGAGUUGAAAACUUUACCAAGUUCUGUUGAGGAUAACUCAGAAUCACAACUCGAAGCUCCAGGGAGUUUUAUUGAUUUACAUGAAGCAAUUAUCCAGGCUGAAAGAAGAACUGUCAGUGGAUUCGUUUUUAUAAAUGCUCUAUAUCAAUGA